AUGCACAUUCUCAAAUUAUCCCUCUUAGCUCUGGCUGGACUGUCCAAUGCCAGCUCUGACUCUCUGGUGAACUGCUUGAAGCCAGCCCUUUCCAGCAACACAGCUUUGGAACACCCCGACCAAGAAGGGUUUAUCCAGGAUACAGGUCGCUAUUCAACCCUGUUUUCUCCCAGCUUUAGGGUUGUGGCCAAAGUAGCUACUGAGGAGGACGUUGCUGCCUCGAUCCGAUGUGCUACCGAUACUAACACUACUUUCUUUGUGACUGGCCCUCGACAUGGCUUCUCCCAAGGUCUCAGCCAGAUUAAAAACGGGUUGGAAAUUUAUACUGGCGCAUUCAAUCAUGUCGUGGUGGAUGCAGAUACGAACACUUUGACUUGUGGUGGGGCAACCACUUUUGGAGACGCCAUUGAAGCAGGAUACAGGGCUAAGAAGGUCUUUCCCACUGGCAGUAGUUCCUGCGUAGGAAUGCUCGGAGCUGGCCUCGGCGGUGGCAUCGGACGUCUCCAAGGUCUAUAUGGCCUAAUCAUUGACAAUAUCCUUUCAGUGCGAAUCAUGUUACCUAACACAACGGUGGUGACAGCCUCGGAAGAUACCAACCCGGAACUAUUCUGGGGUAUCCGAGGCGCCGGAUUCAACUUUGGUUUUGUUUUGAAUGCCACUUUCCGUGUGUAUGAUCAAGUGAAUAAUGGCAUGCAUAUGAAUGCCGACUUUCUUUAUCCGGCGAAUGCCACUCAGUCUUUCUUUGAAAAGUUGGCCAAGGAGGCCGAGGAUAUGCCUGCUGCAUUUUCUAUUGAUACCGGUGCGGCCUACAAUCCGGAUUACAACGCCACUAUGCUAAUUGCCAACGCCGUCUACGCUGGACCUGAAGAUGAAGGACGCAAACUCGUCCAGUUUCUUAUUGACCAAAAGCCCCUCGUACAGAAUAUCACCAUGGUUCCGUGGAACAAGUUGAUCGAUGCCGCCUUAUUUGGAGGAGCCGGUGCAGCAGCCUGUGAAAAAGGCAGAUACCGCAAAUCCCUCUACAGCGCAGGUUUCAAGACGAUCGAUCCUAAAGCUCAGGUGAAAAUGACUCAGGUUCUUGAACAAAUGAACGCAAAAUUCCCGCAAACUGUCGGCAGUGGUGCUGCUAUAUAUCUUCCUGCCAUUCAGGCAAUGAAGGCUGUGCCCAAGACUGCUACUGCAUAUAAUCGACGGGAUCUACUUGGACAUAUGAACUUUGACAUUACAUACUCGGACAACACCACCACCGACGAAACAGUCGACAAUCUCCCUGCCAAAAUGCGCGAUAUUAUUGUCGAGACCGCCGGAACUAAUGAUCUCAUCACCUAUGUGGGCUUCUCUCAUGGAAAUGAACCUCUGGAAUCCAUCUAUUCUAAGGAAAAUCUUCCGCGACUGGCCGCAUUGAAGAAAGAGAUUGAUCCUAGUGGUUUAUUUAAUGCUUAUCAUCCUUUGCCGACUGUUUAUCCAUAG